AUGGCUCAACUCCCAUCCAACCAACAAGUCAACCAAUUAAAAGAAAUCUUCACCCGCUUUGACCUAGAUUCCGACGGCAGCCUCACCCAUCUCGAACUCGCCGCCCUCUUCCGCUCCGUCGGCCUCAAACCAGGCGACGAAAUCGACACCCUGAUAGCCAAAUUAGACGCCAAUGGGAACGGAUCCAUUGAAUUUGAAGAACUAGUGAACGCCAUUUUUCCCGAUUCCGAUGAAGAGAUUUUCAUCGACCAAGAACAACUCAUGAAAGCCUUCCGAUUGUUCGAUAAAGAUGGCGAUGGGUCCAUUACUCCUAUCAAACUCGCAACCCAGAUGGCGAAAUUGGGCCACCCAUUAACUUACCGGGAACUUAAUGACCUGAUGAAUGAUAUUGACACCGACGGCGAUGGUAGCAUCAGUUUUCAUGAAUUUACGGCGGUGUUUGGGAUGCCGGCGUCGGAAUUCUUUGGAAUAAGAACGCUUUAA